CGGCUUCUGAUACAUGUCUUUCGAAUUUGAUCUAGUUUCGAUCUCCCGUUACUGGGAAUAGAUUUGCUCUCGUUUGGCGCGAACAAGAUCCUGUGCGUGGUAGAUUUUAUACCACUCUUUCAAGAUCAAGGCUACUUGGAGAAGUACAUUCGUCCGCUCGCGUUGCUUCGCCAGCCUUUUGCAGCACGGUGCAGUGAAAUGUCUGAUCGUUUCUUUGACAAAGACAAGUUCGCAUCGGAGCAAAUGAUCUUCUUUCGAUCAGAUCAAGGAUCUUCGGAGCCCGAUCUCGAGGUGUCGAGCGGUGGAAUGUACACAGUUUAUACGCAAUAUGUCGCAACAUACUUGAAAUCUCUGCAUUCUUUGGAGCCAAAUGAGGAUCCAGGCUUUUGUCUGAGAUGCCACGAGAAACAAGCUGCUUACGACCGCUACCUGGCAGAUCGAGAUCCCGCUUUCAAAGUUUUUAGCAGCUACUUUGGAACCGAGUGGACACAAAAGUUUUGCUACAAGUUCCUCUGUCCAGGAAUCAGCAUUCCAUGCCACAAAGCCAAACAGCGCCAAUGAAACCAUCUCUCUUUAUUUCCAAAACCAAAGCUUUCUAGAGUAGGAAAACUUUCAAUGAAGUUUUGCUCUGGGCCUCUGGUUGUCGAUCUCGUCCAUCCAGUCCGAGAGGCUUCGCAGAGCUUUGGCGCCA